GUCGUAAAUAGUUGACAUGAGUUCCCAGCAGUUCCCCCGACACGUUCUGCCUGCUUCCAGUGGCGGAGCAUCUCAGAUCCCUGCAGCUGGAAAUCUUGUAUCUGUCAGUCAGCCAUCAAAUACACCAGCUGGAGCAGAAGGAGACAGCAAUCGGGAUACUGAUCACGGGCAGCAGGACCAUUCACAGACUGGUGGUGGGGGAACCUUGGCGUUCAGAGAUGACAAGCAGGAGACGAUGGUGGUCAGACCUUACCCACAAGUCCAAACGCACAGCCAGCCACAAGCUGCUCCACAGGCUGUUCCUAUUCAGCCUGGCCCGCCUGUGACUGUACCUGCCGCCUCUGUCCACCACACACAGGGGCAGCCUACAGUCCUCACUGAGGGGCAGAUGAAGGCUGUCCUCAAGCCACCUAUGCCAAGUCGUCUCAUUGCCCCAGCACCAGCUUCCAACCAGGCUCAUAUCCCCCUGCCCUCCAAGGUGCCCAGCCACAUUACUGUCACCAUAGAAAGCACGAUUGCCACAACCCCCACUAUUCCUGUGGCAACCAUCAGUGGUCAGCAGGGCCACUCCAGCAAUCUUCACCAUCUGGUGCCAGCCAAUCUACCCAACAUACAGAUCAUUAGAGGCAGUGCACCUACAUUGAUCGGGCCCCCUACAGUCCCUCCCCAGACUUUCACAUCUCAUUUACCUCGAGGGGCUGCUGCUGCUGCUGUUAUGUCUAGCACUAAAACUGUCCUGCGGCCAGCCACUGGAGCAAGUGCAGGCCCUGGACAGCCCACAGUGCAGCAUAUAAUCCACCAGACUAUUCAGUCUCGCCCUGCUGUAACAACAUCUACUCCCGUGCUUCCAACUGUGGUGGCCCCCAUUUCUGCUACUAGAACACAGUCCCCAGUCAUCAAUCCAUCUGUUACACACUCAGCAGAGGGGGCACAUGGUCGCCCCUCAUUGACUAUUCAUUCCCCUGCCACCGUCCAGAGGCCUCAGACGUCCCGUGACACCGCCACACGGAUCACACUGCCGUCACAUCCUGCGAUUGGAGGUCAAAAGGCUCAGCCUCCACACACCAUGACGCAGAAGCCCAUCUUCAGCACUGUAACACCAGUAGCUGCAGCAACUGUGGCACCAAUUGUUGCCACAAACACUGUGCCAUCAACCACCGCAAUAGGCUCUAUACCACAUACCCAAAUGACCAGUAGCACUAUUGUCACAAUGACAAUGGCCUCACACUCCUCCCAUGCUACAGCAGUGACCACCUCUACCAUACCUGUUGCUAAAGUGGUCCCUCAGCCUAUUACCCACUCUUCGUCCCGUGUGCAGCCUGACUACACGGGAGAAAGACCCAACCUCAUCCCUUUGGCAGGCCACAGGUCAUCUCCUAACCCUGUGACCAUGGAAGCCAGAAGUGACAACAGGCCUUCGGUGCCCGUGCAGUUCCAGUAUUACCUGCCGGCCUACUCCUCAUCGUACCCUCUGACACACACCUACACCCCCAUCACCAGCUCUGUAUCCACCAUCCGCCAGUAUCCUGUUACUCCUCAAGCACCCAGUUCAGCACUGCCCACCCAGCCUGGUGUUGGUGUGGCAACAACUGUCCAUUUAAACCACAUGCAGCUGAUGGCAGUGGAUCGGAUUGGUCUGCCCUCUGCACAAAUCAGCACGCAAGGAAUCCAGCCGGUACCAAUUGCUGCUCAGGGCAUUCAGCCGACACCGAUAGGAGUGCAGGGCCUGCACACAUCUGCACCAAUUGCCACACAGGGGAUACAGCAGGCACCUAUAGUCACUCAGCAGCAACCGCAACAACCGCAAACUGAAGCUAAACCUGGAGUCGUCUUAGCUGAUGGCUUUGUAGCCAGUCCCAUCAGCACCACAUUCAGCACCACGCAACCAGUAGCCACCAUGGUGCAAGCACACCCCCAGGGAGGAGUAGGAGGAACUCCCACCCUGGUCUCCUCCCCAAGACCCAGCAUUCUCCGCAAAAAGCCUGCUAAUGAAAGUUGCGUUCGUAAGAACCUGAUUCCUGCCCAACCCAGUGAAGCCAACAGUGGCAGGAUUGAGACUGGUGUGAGAGGAGCAGGAUCUCCCCGGCCUGCAGGUGUAAAACCCAAACCUGAGGUUCACAUGGCGGUGGCCCCUCCUGUCAUGGCUACAGUGGAAGCACUGCCUUCUCAGGGAGGAGAGCAGGCCAUGUCCUCUAACACCCAGCACCUUGUCCAAGCCAUCCCCACUAUGCUUGCCACACCGGGGCCUGUGCCUCCUUCCCAGCCCUCCACUGUCCUCUCAGCCUUGCCUGCUGCAAUGGCUGUGACGCCUGCUGUCCCUGCUUCAAUGGCCAACACUGUGGCCUCUCCCACUCAGCCUGCAGCGAGUAGCACAGCGGCCUGUGCUGCCAGCUCUGCAUGUCCAGAUGUGAAAAUCAAACAGGAGGCGGAGACCAUGGACACCUCACAACCAGACCCCAAUGCAACCUUGUCGUCAGCUCCUGCCCUUACCCCAGCUCCUACCACAGGAGAGCUGAUCCCUGGAGCUUCCCCAAGGAAGAAGCCCCGCAAGCAGCAACAUGUUAUUUCUACAGAGGAGAGUGAAAUGGUCGAGACCAACAGCACAGAUGAAGAGAAGGCCACAGGCAGGGCCAUUACUGGCAGGGCCGAGCGCCGUGAAUCUCCACCCAGGGAGUAUGUUGAUGAAGAAGGAGUGCGUUAUGUGCCAGUCAGACCUCGCCCUCCUGUUACGCUUUUGCGACAGUAUCGUAAUCCCUGGAAGGCUGCCUACCACCAUUUCCAGAGGUACAGCGAUAUCCGGGUCAAAGAAGAAAAAAAGGGCACCCUACAGGAUAUGGCGAAUCAGAGAGGAGUCGCAUGCAGAGCACAAGGCUGGAAAAUUCAUCUGUGUGCUGCACAGCUGAGGCAGCUGUCGAGUUUGGAGCAUGACGUCUACAGCCGCCUUUCCAACCUUCAAGAGGGCCUGAUUCCAAAGAAGAGGGCGGGCGCUGAUGAUGAUCUGCACCGAAUUAACGAACUCAUACAGGGUAACAUGCAGCGCUGUAAGUUGGUGAUGGACCAAGUGACAGAGGCCAGAGACACCAUGAUGAAAGUCCUCGACCACAAGGAGAAAGUGCUGAAGCUGCUCAACAAGAACGGCGCAGUCAAGAAGUCCUCCAAACUUAAGCGCAAAGAACGUGCGUAAUCUGGACCUGCUGUUCUGUCCACAACCAUCGCCAUCUCCUCUAUGGAGGCCAUGAAGGAGCUGCUCAGAAUUUGGUGCUAUGAUUUGCUGCAUACAAUCACAAGCACCCUCCCUACAUGCCGGACAGAGAAAAAGUGACCCGAGGGCAUCAAGAAGCCCAUCAGGAACAGACACCGUGCGCAUAUUAAGCACCCCUGUUUUUUCUGUUUCUAAAUACCCCACAAACCAUUUUUACUAACGUAGUUUUGUCCGCUUCCUUCUAGACAAUAUUUAAAACUGCCAUGUUGUAUUUCUGUGACGUUUUCCACUAUUUGCAUGUGCAGUAAAUCCCCAGGAGUCAUGGAAGUAUUUCCAUUACAAAGAAUGAGCCAGGGUGGAAUGUGGAGUUGAAAGCAUUUCAAAGGAGUCCUUUAUCAAACUAUAGCCUAAUCUCAAUUGUGCUCUUUUCAUUUAAUCUGUGCCUUCAUUUUCUCACUGAAACGGACAAAGACCUGCGAAAGUGGCUCCACACUCUGUCACAAUAUUCUUAAGCUACUAUUCAAACACAAGACGGUCAGGUUAGACUCACUGUUUCUUCAAACUUCCUCUACCUGCAUUUUUUGAGUUGAUUUGAUUUUUCUGGUGUGGGUAAAUUAUUCGCUAUCAGCCACCAAGUUUAGAUGUACUCCAGAAUGUAUUGGAAUAUUAGGUUAAUGUAGUUUUUCAUAAAGGACAAGUGAAAUGUGGCAAAUUUAAUUGAUUUCAUGUACAAAAAUGCCCUCAAAGGAGAAUUGUCCUUUUCGAAGGUUGAGUUGGCUGUCUGAAAGUUAAAACGCGUAGAGCUGCCACGAGUCAUGCAGUUAAUCUGUCAUUUGGUUACUUUGAUUUGGUUUCCGUAGGAAAGAAGACGAGUGACCUCGUAGGAUUACAGUGGCAGGCAGAUGAUGUGAAUCACUGUAAAUGUGCUUUUGAUUUUUUUCCAUUGACCUGGUUCUUUUCAAAUUUUGUACUCGAUGAAACAUGUUGUGCCGUGUGACUUGCGCCGCUUCAUUUUUGUGAGUGUAAAAAAUAAUGGUAUUAUGACAUGAGGUGAGCCUGAAACAUUCAGCUAUUGUACAUGGUUUUUGUCUGUGUAAUUAUAGUAAAGAUACUAAAACAAUA